CGCGGGUGGUAGGCAGGAGCGCGGCGAGAACCGUCAUGCGAGUGGUGAGUGGUGGAGUGUGGCGGCAGAGAGCGCGGCGACUACAGAGAGCUGGAAACUAGUGAAUGGCAAUCUGUCGGGGAAGUUCAACAGACCGCUGUCACAGAACGACACCGGAGCCCUGCCUAAAACAAAGUGGCUCGUCUUCAAGUCUGGGACGGCUGACCAACUCCGAAAAGAGGACACACAAGUUGGCUCGGGCUAGCUGCUAAUCACUUGUUACCGGCGCUUCGCUCCCAGUAACAUGCCUGCCAUCAAAAAGGAGAGACUGGAUGGGGACGUAUUGGCAUUGGCUGCCUUCAACCAGUCCGAAUACCUGGCCCCUUUAAAUGACACCGCUAUCACUGUGGUGACCCCGCACCCACCGCAGUACGACCAUAUUUUCGGACAUCACCGCUUGUACUUGGGGCUCCACGACUCGGCACUGCAUCACCAGCACCUUCACCAUCACCCGGACGACUUAAUGCUGGAGAGGUUUUCCUCCAUCCCCGACUUUCAGCCGUUUUUUGAGAACGGGGAACCAUGCAUCGAGGUGGAGUGCGGGGAGAACAAGGCUUUACUAUACAUUAACAAACUGUGCCAAGGUAGUAAGGGACCCUCAAUCAAAUACCGGGGCGAGUGGCUCACCCCGAAUGAGUUUCAGUUUGUCAGUGGAAGGGAAACCGCCAAAGAUUGGAAACGAAGUAUACGGCACAAAGGGAAAAGUUUAAAGACUCUUAUGUCCAAAGGAAUCUUACAGGUACAUCCCCCAAUCUGUGAUUGCCCUGGGUGUCGAAUUUCGUCUCCAGUGAACCGCGGGCGUUUGGCAGAGAAGCGCACCAUCCCCCUGCCCCCCAACCGUGUGCCCAAGAGGGAGCUCUCCUCCGUCUUUAGCAGUGACGACAGCGAGGGCAGCGACCGCGCCAGCGGAGACCAUGCCCACAUCAAGCAGGAGGAUGAGCUGCAUUACAGUAUCAUGAGAAAGAGUCGUGACAGUGACCUCUCUACGAUCAUCUCCAACCUCCACCAUACCAGACAGCACGGCAUGCCCGAGAGCCAGCCCGCCACCGACCUCAACACCAACACAGGACACACAGAUAACCUUCUAGGCAAGAGGAGAGCCUACUCCCCCAACAGCAAGUGCCCCUCGGACAUCAAGAAGUCGCGCAGCGUUUCCCCCAAAGAGAAAUCCCACACCCCUGUGCUGGAGGGGGGCGGCCACAGUCACAUGACCCCGGAGGAGCACUACAGGCGGAUGAUGUCAGCGCUGAGCGAACAGGGCGAGGAGCAGCAGCAGCGCCUCUACCAGCUGGCCAACAACAUGGGCCUGCCCAGCCAUGAUCUGUUGCGAGUGCGCCAGGAGGCCCUGGCAGCAGUGAGGAACACAGGGGGUUUGGAGGCCCAUCUCCCUUCUGCAGGCAGCUCGUCCAGCCAGAGACGCAAGCAGGGCCUGCCCCAGCACAGAGACGCCCACUACACCGAGAGGGAGAUGUCCCAUCCUCCUCCUCUGCUGUCAACCCAGAAUGGCCCUCACAUCACAUUGGGACCCCACCUGCGGCCCCCCUUCUUGGCCAUGCCCUCCUCCCUGUGCCAGUCCCCCGGCUAUGGUUUCCUCCAGCCUGCCCAAGCUGAAAUGUUUGCCCGGCAACAGGAAAUGCUUCGGAAGCAGAACUUGGCCAGGUUGGAGAUGUCAGCAGAGCUGCUCAGACACAAGGAGCUGGAGAGUCUCCACAGGCAGCAGCAGCAGCGUGUGUUGGGGGGUUCUGACCCCAUGGGCCUACCCCACGGCCUCCCUCCGGACCAUCCCGCCCUGCGCAGUCUCCACCACCUGCCCGAGGGACACCCCCUCCACGAGGAGCUCAGCCGACGCCAAAACGCCAUGCUGAUGCUCCGACACACCAGCACCCCUUUACUCUCCCUCAACCACCAGGGGCCCUCGGGGUCCACAACGCCCAAAGAUACCCAGGGACAAGGCUCCGGGGCUGGGGCCGGAUUGAGUAAGGGGGGCUCACGGAAAGGCCCCCAGCAACCCAGGGGGGGAGACUACCAAGAGAGGGAGGGCCGAGGGAGGGACGUAGAUGCAGAUGGGCAGGAUGAAGAAAUGAAGGACUCGGAUAGCGAGACGGAGAUGGGCGAGGAUAGGCAUGAGGGAUUGUUUGCCAAGGCAACCGACUGGCAUGGGCUUCACAGGGACAGGGGGAAAGAGAGCGGCGGGAAGGGGGGGUGUGACGGUGCCAAAGAGGCGGGCGAGGGCUCGGGCCGGCUUAGUGCCCCCUGUAGCUCGGCGGGUGCAGAUUCACCACCCGGUCAUCAUCUCUUCACCCCGGGGCUGGGCAAGAGCGAUGUCAAGUACCACUUUCCACCUGGCGCCAUGCCUCCUCUGCCAGGGCUCCACGGCCAGUCGCUACCCUUUGGAUUUCCCUACACAAGCCCCUACUUCCACACUGGCGGUAUGGGAGGUCUGUUAAUGGACAGUGAGGACUCUGCGGCGCCCCCGGUGGAGGACAUAAGCAAGUGGAGUGUGGAGGAGGUGUGUGGUUUUGUGGGAGGCCUGGCCGGCUGUGCGGAGUACACACAGGUGUUUCGGGAGCAGGCCAUUGACGGAGAGACACUCCCGCUGCUCACAGAGGAGCACCUGCUCAACACCAUGGGACUGAAGCUGGGCCCUGCGCUCAAGAUACGCUCUCAGGUGGCGCGGCGCGUUGGCAGACUCUUCUACAUGACCAGCUUCCCGUUGGCGCUCCCGGUGCCGCCAUCUGCCCUGCGUCCCCCGGACAGGGACCCCCUUCUGUCCGACACCCUUCUGGCGGUCCCACUGCGACCCCCCUCCGUCGCCAGCAGCAGCUCCUCUCCCUACAGCGGCCCUCCGCCCCCGUGUCACUCCUCCCCCAAGCAGGAGAACGGCUCCGCAUCAGGGGUCUAUGAGGGGGCCAAGACGCCCUCCUAGGACUCAACUGGCUGCACAGGGAACAUGAACUGUAGAGAAGGAGGAGGGGUGUAGAGAGGAUUCAGAGAAACCCCCUGUAACAGACAUAGAAUUGUCCCCAUUUCAUGUAAAAUAUCAAAAAACUACAACUAAAGAAAAUGAACUGAACAGACUUCAACUUCAAGUUCCACUGUGGCUGUAGCCAAGCAGAAUCCAAAGACGUGACCGACAGUGGGCUGGAGGGAGAGACGUCAUGAAGCGACAGAGGGAGAGAGAGAAAGAGAGAACGAGAAAGAGAGGGAGGGAGCAGACAGCUGGUCUCAGUCAGAUUGCCAAAAAAAAGAGCGAAGCGCCACAACUACGACAUUCUUCUGAGUGAGACAGACAGACGCUAACGGAAACUAUUCCUUCCUGGGCUGAAGGAAGCCCCCCCCCCUCUCGCUCUCUCUGCUCCACAACACACCCGGCGGCGCCCAGCACUUAAAAGGAAGACGCCUCUUCCCUCUUUUCUCUCACUCACUUUUCUCCCCACUCCCAGUCUCAGGAGCCCAAACAGCUCAGAGGAACUGAGAAUUCCGGAGGCUGGAGCGAAAGGACUCAAAACCCCCCUCAUUAUUGCAACUAUGCAUUCCACAGUCCAAAACCAAAGAUUACCGGAUGUGUGGAAUCAGGACGAUAUUUCAUGUUUGUUUCUGGUGUUUUAUUUUGUUUUGUUUUUUGCUUUGUGGGAAAAAAAUGUGUAGUCUUAGGGAGGUGUGGUAUAUUAAGGAGAACAGUGGGCCAGGUACCAUAUAACUGUCUUUAAGAGACAAAGGGGGACUCUUUGAAAGGUGACAAAGGCACACAACACAGUGUUGUGCCCAUAAGCCAACAGUCUACGCUGAGUUGUUUCUCUGACACGCCCUGAUAAAAAAGGGCCAAAUGUAACUGAUAUGGGAUGGUGACGAAACGGUGGCUUCGGCUCAUAGAGCUAAUGUCAUUGGAAAAUCCUGUUAACUACUGUGGGAGAUACAAACACGCUGAAUUGUACAGAAUGAUGCUUAUGAUGGAAAUAAGGUUGCAGAUGUGUUUCGGGGGUUCAUUAAAUGUAGUUGCACGAAUAACGUUUUCUUUGUGACUGAGCAAAAUGUGACUCGCUAAUUUUUGGUGGUACUUUUCUUACGGACGUUUUUGUUGGCCGUUUUAUUUUCUCCAAAUUGUAUAUUAUUAAAAGAAAGCCCCAAUCUUGAAUUCUACUUCAGCAGAUUAAUAUGAGGGAAUAAUAUUUAUUAGGACUUUUGAUGUACAGUGCCUUCCGAAAGUAUUCGCACCCCUUGACUUUUUACGUAUUUUGUUGUGUUACAGCCUGAAUUUAAAAGGGAUUCAAUUUAGAUGUUGUGUCACUGAUCUACACACAAUACCCCAUAAUGUCAAAGUGGAACUAUGUUUACAAAUUAAUUAAAAAUGAAAAGCUGAAAUGUCAAGUCAAUAAGUUUUCAACCCUUUUGUUAUGGGAAGCCAAAAUAAGUUCAGGAGUAAAAAUGUGCUGAACAAGUCACAUAAUAAGUUGCAUGGACCGUGUUUAACAUGAUUUUUAAAUGACUACCCCCAUGGCCAUAACCAGUUUUUUUUUUUUUCAAUUUAAAUUAUAUUUGGAGAACAGUAAUUACAAACAAAAAUGACCCCAGCCAUUGUCACAUUGGUGGCUAUAAGUUCAACACAUAGCCUAUUAUCUAUACAACAGUAACGUCAUACCCCUGAAUGGGGAGAAAUAUGAGAAAUGAUUUACACUGACACAUAGCAGCAGUGACGAAACAAAAACAUUUUACAUUUUUAAAACUGUAGAGUUUGCAUUUUUUGGGGGUGUAUCUUAAUGUAGGCCUAUAGGGAAUAUAGGCCAUGUGGAGAUGUUCAUUGAAACAUAUAUAUAUAUUUUGUUUGUUUUAGUUCAUUCCUAACAUGUUUGAUAAGAUUAGUAUAGGUGUUCUCAGGGUACCCCACAUGGGGGCCCGGCCCCAAGUUUGAAAACCACUGUACUAACCUCUGCUUGCUUUCUUUCCCUCUCGGACUCCUCUGCUUCCUCCUGCAUGCAUUGCAGCCUGCCUUAGCCUCACCACUGAGCGCUACAUCACUACCUGUCUCAGUAGCCUACUCUCUGUAAAGCAAAGUUAUUACGAGAACUUAGUAGUGUAUUUUUUACUCCUGCUGAGGUAGGCUCCGUUUAACAUUGGCUUCUUAUUUCAUCCUUCUAGCUGGCUUAUCAAUAGUAGCCAGAGCCCUUGAACGUUACUUGAAUAAAUGUCUCUGCCGGCAGACAACUACCUGACUGACAUAAUCUAUCUAUCAAGUAUUUACCAGAUGUGCACUCAUUCUCCAAGAGUCCGUUUUUGUUUGUUUGGGGGAUGUCUGUAGAAAUAGCAGGAGUCGCGGGACGGUGUUUAAAAUGGCCUUUUGUCCAGCAUCUCGCAAAUACACUGUCAGCAGCAUCUCUGACUCUCUCUAGCUGGCUACUUGAGCCGGCUGCGAGCUGGGGUAGUUCGUUUCAGGUCUCAGGCCCCCUAAAAGGCAAAUCAGGGAGGUAAAUCAGGGGGACACAAGAGAACAUAACGAACAAACCACUGUUCAUGAUUCUGCUCAUUUCCAAAGAGGAAGUGUGAUUAGAAUUGUCAGAUCAAUAAUAUAAGCACACUGAGCUUUGAUCAAUGCAAUAAUUAGAUUUUGACCCGUAACUGAUUUUCUUUAUUGUGCACAAAAUAUAUAUUUUUGUUUUUUUCGAAUUAGAAAAAAAUGACAGAGGUCUGGACCUCUGUGUCCUCAUAUGUAGUUACGGCCAUGACUACCCCAUCUCUGUCACAGGAGGUUGGUGGCACCUUAAUUGGGGAGAACGGGCUCAUGGUAAUGACUGGAGCAAAAUUAGUGGAAUGGUAACACAUACGUCAAACACAUUCCAUUUGCGCCGUUACGGCCAUUAUUAUGAGCUGUUCUCCCCUCACCAGCCUCCUGUGAUCUCUGUACCCUACACAUACAAUUACUUGUAAGGUCCCUCAGUCGAGCAGUGAAUUUCAAGCACAUAUUAAACCACAGAAACCAUGGAGGUUUUCCAAUGGUUUGCAAAGAAGGACACCGAUUGGUAGAUGGGUAAAAAAAGCAGACAAAGCCUAAGCCAUUGGGGAAGGGGAUACUAAACUAGAAUUGGAACUGCUAUUGUUUUAAGAUGGUCAUACCAUGGAUAAUUUAGCUAUUUGGUUUUUAAUUUUAGGACCUACAAUUUAGGUCUACUUUUUUUUUCUUCAUUAUUUGAUCAAAUAUUGAAUUUAGCCAUUACCACUAUAGCCCAUAGAAACGCGUUGAAUAACACAUUCAUAAAUGGCAAAAAAGACAGCAAAAGAUUUUAUAACAAGGAAUAAGGUUUGAAGUGUCUGUCCUAUAUACAGGAGAUAUAAGAAAGCUCGGGAAAUAUAUAGUGAACAAAAAUAUAAACGCAACAUGUAAAGUUUUGGUCCCAUGUUUCAUGAGCUGAAAUAAAAAUCCUGGAAAUGUUCCAUACGCACAAAAGCUUAUUUCUCUCAAAUGUUGUGCUCAAAUUGGUUUACAUCCCUGUCAGUGAGCAUUUCACCUUUGCCAAGAUAAGGCAUCCAACUGUCAGAAACGCUCAACGACUUUUUUCUCUCCUCACUUGAAUACUAGCAGUCAGUGAUAUGAGUAGUCAGAGAAUACUCUUUGGAGUGUUUUCUCUGACUGUUGGAUGGUGUGUGUUUGUAGGAGAGUGGACUCCUGGGGGCAUGGUUCAGGUCAACACCAGCUGUCAGAGUGUGAGGUUGUGCCGCAGGCCAAGGCCUCCCUGCCUGUGGGGAUAAACCUGACCCUUCCCCACACACACACACACACACACACACACACACACACACACACACACACACACACAGACACACACACACACACACACACACACACACACACACACACACACACACACACACACACACACACACACACACACACACACACACACACACACACACACACACACACACACUCACACCCACCUUUAUCCUUCAAAGAAAACAGUUUCCGCUGAAGCUGUCAAACUGACAUGUAUUGGUCACUGCUGGGAUUUCUGCUGGGAUUUCAUUGGCUUGGUCUUCAGCUCUACUCAACUGGUUGCCAUUGUGUGCAAGUGCUGUAUACAACAGGGUUUCCGUUAGCCGAUAUGCCUAAGAGCCGGCUUUUGUACGAUCAUUUAUAGUGCUGAGUGACUAGUGCUUUUUGAAGUCUUUCGGUUUCAAUUUAGAUUAUUGAAAAAUAAUCACGGUUUUAUAUUUCGGUUUUAAUUAUUUGGGUUGAAUACUGUAACACAGAAUAAAAUAAUAAAUAAAAGUC